CGCGUUUCCCGCCCACAGUAACGCAAAGCAGCGCGCGCCUACGAUGUUGUGAAUGAGGGUGUGGGGUGACGUCAGCGGCCGAAUGUCAACAAUGUAGCCACUGAGAGUAGGCGUUCCAGUUGAGUGUAACAAACAGCGGAGACGGAGCGGCACGCCGCGAGGGAUCACACAGCGCACACUGCUGCACACACGCGCGCGCGCGCACGUCCACGACAGACUAGAAUUAGACACGGGAUUGUUUUUAUAUUUUUACGUAGUUCGUGCAAGCGAGGAAAAAAACACGCAAUUUGUGGCGACUGGAAAAGUCACCUUCUGCUGCCGGGAGGCGUUCAGGAAACGACAAAGCGAGCCAUCAUGUGAAAGAACUUAUGUGGGAAACAGACAAAAGGGCUGGAAUACGAGAGCAACAGAAAGUAAAAGGGACGCCCUCCCCACGCUUCGCCAAGCUGCAAAUCAUCUGUCCGACCUCGCAUCUUUCAGACUGAUAGGGAUGUGUCCUCACGCUGCUCGUGGAUAAAUGAUCACUAAUCAGCCCCCGAAGAUGAAGGACAAGUCUGGUGUGAGCGGAAUGUCAGUGGAUGAAAAGACUGAGGACCCCAUGUAUGUGUAUGAGUCGACGGUUCAUUGUACCAAUAUCCUCCUCUGCCUUAAUGACCAGCGGAAGCAGGAUAUCCUGUGUGAUGUGACUGUCCUGGUGGAGGGCAAGGAGUUCCGAGGGCACCGGGCUGUACUGGCUGCCUGCAGCGAGUAUUUUCUUCAGGCGCUGGUUGGCCAAGCAGAGAAUGCCUUGGUGGUUAGCCUCCCUGAAGAGGUUACUGCCAGGGGAUUCGCCCCAUUGUUGCAGUUUGCCUACACUGCUAAGCUGUUACUCAGCAGAGAAAACAUUCAGGAGGUCAUCCGCUGUGCAGAAUUCCUGCGCAUGCACAACCUAGAGGACUCGUGCUUUCGCUUCCUGGAAGCUCAGCUACGCAGAGAGGAAGACAGCCUCAUGCUUUGCCACAGGGGGGCACCGGAGGCAAUUAACUCAGAGGAUGAAAGCAUGCAGUCAGAGAGUGAAAGACCCGCCUCCCCCAGGACACGGCAUUGUGGAGACACCCUUACCUCCUUUCAAAACCCGGACGAUGAUAGGUUAGCAAUGACUGUGUCCAGUAACUUGACAGAUGGCCAGCUGGACUUUGAGCGACAUGGAGCAUCAGAUCUACCACGAUGUCCAAAGUACAGAAAAUAUCAGUGGGCUUGUAACAAGCACAAUAAUGACACCUCCUCACACACCUGUACCUCAGGUUUUCCAAGCACAAUUAAAGACAGCAGCAUUAGUGGGGUUGUGCCAGGUCAGGCCAGGCUGCCCGUGACACAGAUAAAAGUUGAACCACAGGCAGAGGAAGAGACCAUUUCAUUGUGCCUGUCAGGGGAUGAACAGGAUGUCAGGGAUAAGGACAGUGUGACAGCAAUGGAAAUGGAUAACACCUUAAGUCUGGAAACCAAGAGAACCAAGUCCCCAUCUUGCCUCCGAACCUUCUUUAAUAAAGGAGUAGACCUUCCUAGUCUGUCCAACACAUCACAGCAGUUAUUCACCAACAGACUUGUCUGCCCCCAGGACAAAGGAAACUCUCAGGGAGAUCAUAAAAAAGACUUGAGGCCUUUUACUGGGGAGCUGGAUCUGUCUGUUACGUCCCCAAAGGAGGUAGAUGGUUUCCCUGCAGGGUUGUCCCUGAAGUCUACUUCCUGUGAUGGCAUCUGUAAACAGGAAGUUGAGCUAGACCGUCGUAGUGUCAUAUUCUCCUCAGGGACCUCCAACCCUCUGGGAACGCCAGCACAUUCCUACCCUGGUGGGAACUCUUUAGAGAUGGAGCUCUCUGAGCAAGUGACUAAAGGACUGUGGGCUGGAGCUUGCCAGUCCCUCCCAAACUCCCAGACUUAUUCUCCCAGCACCACUUCCUCUGAGCCUCCAGUCCUGUCGCGUCCACGACCCAACACCAGCUGCCCAGUGCCAAUCAAAGUAUGCCCACGCUCACCGCCUUGUGAGACACGCACCAGAACUUCCAGCUCCUGCUCCUCUUACUCCUAUGCGGAGGAUGGUAGCGGAGGCUCACCAUGCAGCCUGCCCCAGUUUGAGUUCUCCUCCUCACCAUGCUCCAACGUGGCACGAUGCCUCAAUGUGGACCAGCAGGAGCAAAGUGUGGGAGGGGACGCUCGUUUCAACCAGGUGCGACCCAAAAUCAAAUGUGAGCAGUCCUACGGAACCAACUCUAGUGAUGAGUCCGGCUCUUUCUCAGAAGGAGACAGUGAGUCCUGCAAUGUCCAAGAGCGAGGGCCAGAGGUAAAGCUUCCUUUUCCUAUUGAUCAAAUCACAAAUCUUCCGCGGAAUGACUUCCAAAUGUUGGUAAAAAUGCACAAAUUGACGUCAGAGCAGCUUGAAUUCAUCCAUGAUGUGAGGCGGCGGAGCAAGAACCGCAUCGCAGCACAGCGCUGCCGCAAACGGAAGCUUGACUGCAUUCUGAACCUGGAGUGUGAGAUCAGAAAACUGGUGUGUGAGAAAGAGAAGUUGCUGACAGAGAGGAACCAGCUGAAGGCAUGUAUGGGUGAGCUGUGGGAGAACUUCUCCUGCCUGUCCCAGGAGGUGUGCCGGGAUGUCCAACUGAGCCCAGAGCAGGUCCAGUCCUUACACCACUACUGCCCCGUGCUGCGACCCCCCAGCUCCCCUGCCAGCAACAAUGCAGCCCACGAGCCCAGGCCCCCCACCAUCAGCACCCCAGCCACCACCAGCAUUGACCUCACAGGCCACUCCAGCUCAGCCACGCCAGAACCCAGCUUCCAAGGGUCACCGGGACCCAAAGAGAAUGAGCCCGAAUCUGCCUUCAGAAACGGGGCGGACAAGGAUACGGAUGGCCGUGGCACCAGCUUGUACUCGACAUCAGAGUCCAUCGAAAAAUCCAACCAAACAGUAACGGUGGAUUUUUGCCAGGAAAUGACUGAGAAAUGUACAACUGAUGAGCAGCCAAGGAGGGACAGUACCAAGUAGAGGUGGUUUUUUAUUCUGUUGCUUUGAAUGUUUUUGUAUUAUUUAAUUUUACUCCUCUGACAAACCCUUUCUCUGGGUUGUGAGAUGGUUAGCCUCUGCCAGUGUUCACUGCAAAACAAGCUUUGUAUUUAUGUCUGUUUGUGUUGUUUUUGUUUCUCUAUGUUUUGUUGAAUUGGUUGACACUAAAACUGUCUUAACAGCAGCAAUACUGUUCUACAGGCUUUCUCCUCUACCCCUGACAGAGUGGGAACCUCUCACCAAACUUAUAAUGGUGCUAUAUCCGGCCGGCAGGAACCUCUGCAGGGGAGACUGCAUGUGUCACACAUCACAACUUCAAGUUGAACCUCAUUGGACCUAAGCAGCAGCUCUCUUUCUCUACAAACAGCAUCUCUGUUUCUGUCUUUCUCCUGUUCUGUUCUCCUUUUACCACUCUGUCUUCAGUUAUUGUAUUCACACACAUACUGCGGCCCAAACAGUUUCUAUACCUGCUAGAGAUGUAAAAACACAAAUGUGUGCAGACUUAUCUCCGAACUACUUCAUGAGAUUAUUAAGGCAAUUGCCUAGUUACCUAGUAACUCCUGGUGGUAGCAGCUGAGUUCUUCUACAUGUCGAAGUCCGAGUCCAAGGAUAAUGUCUAAGAAAGCUACCCUGUGAGAUGUAGAUGUGAGUUUGGCAUUAUUUUUUCUCCUAAUUGUUAUUUAGUCCUGAAAAUCUCCAGAUAAAGUUAGCCCAGAUACUUUCAUCUUUAUUUCCUAAUUUUUAUACCAACCAGUUGUAAAUGUUUAAGAUUUACAAAUGAGUCUGUAGAUGAGGCUAAAAUCUCACAGAAGAGCAAACAAAAUUUUAAUACUGAUUUAUACGCAGAGAUGAAAUGAAAAUAUUAGUCUUUUCCUACUGCUCCCUUAUUCAGGAGUCGCCACAGCCAGUGCACACAGACUUGGCAGUUUUUCCAAUUAUCUGCCACAUACAGUGGCUUGUAAAAGUAUUCAUACUCCUUGAACUUUUCCACAUAUUGUCACAUUACAACCACAAACAUAAAUAUAUUUUAUUAGAAUUUU